CAUUUAUCACCGUCCGCCCUAAACCUCGUUUCGCUCUGUCUGUCGGUCACUCUCUCGUCGACAAAGUCGCAACCACCUCGACGGCUCAUCAAAUCUCGCGCAUCCAAUCCAACCCUUCUCUCCCUCUCUCUCGAUCUCGAUCUCGAUCGCGGCAUCCAUGGCUAGAGGCUCGUCCCAGUCCCAGUCGGCGUCCUCCGUCACCUCCCGCCCCGGCAUGAUGGCCCCCCGCGGCUCCGCCGCCGCGGCCGCCGGCAUGCGCCGACGGAGGCUCGGUGGUGGAGGCGGCGGCGCUGCUGCGGGGGGCGGCUCCGGAGGCCUGAGCGGCGGCGGCGGCGGGGGGACCAACAUGCUGCGGUUCUACACCGACGACGCCCCGGGGCUCAAGAUCUCGCCGACGGUGGUGCUCGUCAUGAGCCUCUGCUUCAUCGGCUUCGUCACCGCCCUCCACGUCUUCGGCAAGCUCUACCGCUACAAGUCCGGCCCCGGCGCCUGAUCCCCGCCCCUCCAGGUCACGAUCGCCGCCCUCUUAACCCUGAUUAGCGUAAUCCGGAAUUCGAUCGCCAUGUUUAGCGAGGUCCAUGAUGACACUGACUGGGGGCCUGCUGUUGACUGAAUGACACGAGCGCGGUUUUGUCUGUUCUCUGUUCUCUGUUCUCUUACUGUAGAAAACUUUGCGGUAGAACUUUGGUGUUUCCGAGUCGCUUUGAGCUGAUCUGUUUGGUGUUUGAUGAAAAAAGAGGGGUCUUUUUCUUAGUGUAAUCAAUCCCGGCAACGAGUGAUUUGGUUCAAUUGCUCUUUUCCUUCGUCA